ACAUUUUUAACUUGUUGAAAUCGUUGGCGCUUGACAGCAGAGUCGGUGGUUUCAUUUGCCCCAAUCUUUUCACUUUCGUUUUACACUAAAGGAGUUAGCCCCACUUUCUUUUACAGCUCAAUUCUCCACGGAAAAUGCAAUCUUUAUGAGUGCGGCAAGAGAAGGAUAAUUUUUAAAAAAUGUUCCGAACGGCGACACUUUGUUUGUUGUUGGUGUUGUGGACAACUGUAUUGAACAGGACAUGCUCGACUUUUGUGGAGGACAGCUUCACCAUCCAGCACUCCAUCACAGGGAGCUGUUUAUCAGCUCAGGACUCGGGAAGUUUGGGUGUCUCAGCCUGUGAUGCAAACAACACAUCCCACUUGUGGAAGUGGGGCUCGGGUCACCGCCUCUUCCAUGUGGCCACCACCCUCUGUUUGGCGUUGGAUGUCCACUCCAAAUCUUUGUCCCUGGCGGACUGCGGCUCGGACAUCCUGUGGUGGCGCUGUAUGGAUGGCACUGUGUUCACUGUCUACCAAAUGAGCCUGGUGGUCAGCGGAGGCCAGUUAGCAGCCCAACGGGACGCUCAUGACGCCUGGGUGAGAGGAGGCUCUCAGGAAAGCAUCUGCCGUAGGCCAUAUCGCGUCAUUCACACCACCAAUGGAAACUCUGCCGGCGCUCCUUGUGAGUUCCCCUUCAAGCACAAUGGAAAAUGGCAUCACGAAUGCCUCCCAGAUUCUGACUUGCCAGGACUCUCCUGGUGCUCCACCACCACCGACUACGAUCAAGACAGAAAGAAGGGGACCUGUCUAAAACCUGAGAAAGGUUGCCAUACUCUUUUUACCGGGCCGGAGGGGAACUCCUGCUAUCAAUUUGUUCCCAAUGCCGCCGUAACCUGGCACCAAGCGCUAGAUUCCUGUCGGAGCCAAGGAGCGGAUUUGCUCAGUGUGACUACCCUGGAUGAUCUCCACUCCUACACAUUUUUAGAUGGUCUCAACAUGAUGCCGGAGAGGAUGUGGAUAGGCCUCCAUCAGUUAGACGCAUCUCAGGGCUGGCAGUGGUCAGAUGGCUCUCCGCUCUCAAUGCUGCGCUGGGAAACAGGAAUGCCCCCCGUCUCUCUAAUCAUUGCGUCAGACUGUGGAGUCCUGACCACCAAGCAAAAGUAUGAAACUGAAGCAUGCAGCAAACAACUGCCAUACAUCUGCAAGAAGAUAGUCAACGCUACUCAAACUGGGCCAUCGGAGUCACUCGCGUAUAAAGAGACAGUGUGUGCUCCUGGUUGGGUCCCGUGGAAUGGCUGGUGUUACAAGUUAGUGACGGACAACCCUUCUAACUUCACGGAUGCACAGCAGUACUGUAACCACACAGCAGGAGGAAGCUUUCUUGCCAGCUUCCACUCCAUCGACAGCAAGGAGAUGAUCAGCACCAAUUUUCAUGCUGAUGGCCAGCAGUUCAAUGUGUGGAUCGGGCUGGUCGGAGAGGGCACAAAUCCCACGGUCUUCAAAUGGGUGGACCAGACACCAGUCACCUUCACAUUCUGGGGCCCAAAUCAGCCAUUGAAGCCUUCGCAGGACAUCAGCUGCGUAUUCUACUCCUCGUCUCAUGAUUGGCAGGUCGGCCGCUGUUCUGAGAAACAAGCUUUCAUGUGUCAGACAAAAGGAGAAGUCAGCGAAUCAUCGGGGACGGCCGGUUGCCGCUUUGAAGAUGGCUGGAGGAGACACGGCAACUCCUGUUAUCAAGUGAACACCACACAAGUGUCUUUCAAAGAUCGCUGUCACAUCACUAUAAGAAACAGGUUUGAGCAGGCCUUCAUCAGCCGUUUGCUUGGAGAUUAUAUUAGUGAUACGCCUCAGUAUUUCUGGAUUGGGCUGCAGGAUGUUAAGAGCACAGGAGAGUAUCAAUGGCAUGGCCAGGAUGAUUCCCAAGUUCAAGUUACAUACACCAAUUGGGACUAUUUUGAACCAGCGCACGAUGGAGGUUGUGCUGUGGUCACCACCACUGCACACGGCCUGGGAAAGUGGGAGGUGAAAAACUGUACGCUCUUUAAGGCUGGCACCAUUUGUAGGACAGACCUCAGCCCAGUUAUACCACCAGAACCUGAACCGGACCUAACCUUGCCAUGCCCAGAUGGAUGGGUAUCCGUACCGGACUCCAAAUACUGCUACAAGGUGUUUCACGAGGAGAGGCUCAGUCGCAAACGUUCAUGGGAGGAAGCCGAGAGGUUUUGUCAGGCCCUUGGAGCCAAUCUGCCCAGCUUCACCACUCUGGAUGAGAUGAGAGCUCUGCAUGGUAUCAUGAGAGACACCAUCAGCGAUGAUCGCUACUUCUGGGUCGGCCUGAACAGAAGAAACCCAGCCGACCGCUCUUGGCAGUGGAGUGAUGGCCGUCCCGUAACUAUGGAUGUUUUACAUGAUGACUUCCAUGAGGAUGAUGCGUACAGUCGGGACUGCACUGCGCUUAAGACAAUGAAGAGAACUAUGAAGCAUCUCCUCAUAUUUUUAUUCCACGACCUCCUUCCUACAUCUUUCCACGCGACACCGUUUCACUGUGAUGCCAAACUGGAAUGGGUCUGCCAAAUCCCUCGUGGAAAGACCCCAACGCACCCAGACUGGUACAAUCCAGGUGUGCACCAUGAGACAUCCAUCUUUAUCGAUGGUAGCGAGUAUUGGUUUGUGAACGAGCCUUGGCUGACUUUUGAGGAGGCAACACUGUUUUGCGCGAUGAAUGGAAGCAAAAUAGCUUCUCCGCCAAGCUCCACCGCUGCCAGACUCAUCCACAAGAACCUAGAAAAGUUGUCAAGUUCUUCCAAGCAAGGUUGGUGGGUCAAUAUGAGAGAUCCCAGGCGGAUGUUCCCCAUGACGCAUUCGCGGCUACACUUAUAUUAUUCAGCUCUCUUUGGCAGAUGCACCUCCAUCAGUCCUGAGAGCGCCAUUCCAAAGUAUGAGCACAGUUGCAGGCAGCAGUUGCCCUUUGUGUGCGAAAGGCUUAACAUCACAUUGGUGGAGAACAACCCUCUGGAGCCUCAUCCUGGAGGCCUGCCAUGUGGAAAUACCUCCCUUGCCUUCAGAAAUAAGUGCUACACACUGCUGCAGAAUGUGAAGCCAGUGUCAUUUAAGACUGCCAAUGAGGAGUGCCUGUCAGUGAGGGGAACCCUCGUCACCAUAUCUGACCAAGUGGAGCAAGACUUCAUCACCAGCCUGUUGCCAGGAAUGAAGGACAUGGGAGGCAUAUGGAUUGGUCUCAAACAGAAACGUAACAAACUGGAGUGGCUGGACAAGUCGCCAGUGAAUUAUGUUAAUUUCCAUCCUCUGCUCAUUGGAAUGCACAAGGCCAUAAAUGUCAAUACGCUUGACCCAGACAACAUGGAUUUGUGUGUCUUUUUAAUCAAUAACCCCAGUUCGGCAGUGAUGAGUACCUGGGACUAUACCUCUUGUACCCAUUAUCAACAUGGGGCAGUUUGCCAACAUUAUGCAGAUCAAGUCGAGGAGCCUUCCGUCACUUCGGAGCCCUUCCAGGUCAACAACCACACCUUCCAGCUACUCAUCAAGAACCUCACCUGGUUUGAAGCCUUGGAGCAGUGCAUGGAACAGGAAAUGGAUCUGGCGAGCGUUGCCGACACCCUCCUGCAGUCCACGCUCAGUGUGCACGUGAGCCGUGCGCGCACGCCCCUGUGGAUCGGCCUCUUCAGCGAAGAUGACGGGAUCCACUAUCGCUGGACGGACCACAGUCACACCGUUUUCAGUCGCUGGUCUUCUGAGGUCACUGAAGGCGCCUGCGUCUACCUGGACACAGACGGCUUCUGGAAAGCAACAGAGUGUGAGCAGACACUCGGAGGUGCCAUCUGCCACAAGCCACACAAAGAGAUAAUUACCACACCGGAAGACGUCGCAGUGAAGUGUCCCCACAAAAUCAAUGGCCCAAACUGGAUCCCUUUCAAGAACAACUGCUACGCCUUCCAUCUGGCUGCGUCCAGAUGGGAGCAGAUGGACCAAGGGCCCAUCCGCAGAACCUGUGUUAACCUCCACAAAGACGCUGACAUCCUGACCAUCCGGAACGCAGAGGAGAACGAGUUCAUCAGGCAGCAACUUCUGCCCUUUCAAAACUUGGCUCAGUUUGUGUGGCUUGGGCUAUUCAAAAAUAACACGAUCGGUAACCACUUGGAGUGGUAUGAUGGAACAACUGUCCAAUAUUCCAACUGGAGAAAUGGUCGACCAGAAGUCGAUGGCAACUUUAUGGCAGGUGUCAAUCUCCAAGGCAAAUGGGUUCUCAUCACAAACCGAAUGUUGUUCUCCGAGUUCAAGCAAAGAGCCGUUGUGACCUGCAAACUGGAUAAUGAACCAAAGGAGAAGUACUCCAAGUCCACCAGGGAUUAUCAACACCUCGGCAGUUUAACCUACGAGGUGGUGACGCAACGUGAACUGAAUUGGUACCAGGCUUUGGAAUUGUGCGCUCAGCGUGGAGGCCACCUGGCCAGUGUGCAUGACGACAAGCAUGGCGCGCACGUGAAACUCCUCGCAAAAACGGACGGAUUCCCACUCUGGAUUGGCCUGUCCAACCAGGAGGCUGGGCAUGAGACCUACGAGUGGUCGGACGGGACCAGCUACCAGUACAAAGCAGACAUCUCGGAGUCAGUGGAGGGUGCCAGCGCAGACGAGCGAGAUGUGGGCGGCUGCGUCUUUGUCAUGCCCUCCGGUGCCUGGGUGAGGAGCAGCUGCUACACGCUGCUUGAUGGCGCCAUCUGCUACAACACAAACACCAGCACCCCUUUCCAGAAAGCCAAGCUGCAGGCGAAAGCACAGGUCAACAGCUGCCCUCAGGGCAACGGCACAUCCAAGUGGGUGCAGCGUGACGACCGCUGCUACGCCUUCGACAUGAGCUUCUACAACUACAGCGUCUACGAUAUGCAGCGGGCCAAGAGCAUCUGUCAGAGCUUGGGCGCUCAACUGCUGGCUAUAAAAAGCAAAGAGGACAACGACUUUGUGGCCAAGUACGUGAGCGACGACCCUCUCAUCACCAGUCGGGUGUGGCUCGGCCUUGACAUCGAUGCUCAAGGUUCUCCCACAGGCUGGGAGGACGGUUCGGCUCUGUCCUACUCCAACUGGAAGUCGGGUGCCUUGGUUAGUGCGGCGCAGCGGAAGGAGGCCCCGUGCGCCAUCAUGGCGACCGAGGACGGAGGCAGCUGGAGAGUCGUCAACUGCCAGGCCAGCCUCAGUCGCGUCAUCUGCCAAACCAAAGCCGAGUCUUCCGGUUCUCCCGUGGCUGUGGGCUUCUUCGUGUUCAUCUUGCUUGCUCUCGCACUUGCCGUGGCUUUCAUCGUCUACAAGAAGCAGCGAGGCCACUUCUCCUCCUCUGUGCGCUACAAGAGGACGACCGACCAAUCGGACACCACCAGUAUAAUCACAGAAGGCGAAUGAGCUUGCCGGAACAGUUGCCUCAGGGAGUUUUGAUGUGAUCCGCUGACCCUCCUUUUCCCCGCCCCUUUUUAAUGAUUAAUUUAUUUAUUUAUCAGCUCCCCCGCCUGCUUAUCUGAAGAGUUUAAAUAUGAUUGGACUGCUUGAAUGCAGUGUCUUAAUUUGGAUUAUUUUAGAUUUGUGAAGUACAGUGAGCCACCCCCCGUUUAUUGCUGCAGUGAGACCAUGUACAUUUGGAGAAAAAAACAAUUUGAAAAUAGUUGCGGCCCUCACACGCAGUUGAAACACACUUAAACUGAUGAAAACAUACUUUUUAAAGGAUACUAAAGUGCCUUCUCAGCCUCUUGCUUUCCAGAAACAGGAGAGAAGCGCAUACCAUCACUUUAAGGAAACAAAGACUCUCAUGUGCAGUUCGCCAAGUUAAAAUCCAAGCAUGCAUGGUUCUACAAAAAAAAAAAAAAAAUCAUAAAUCAAACCUAACAAUUUAGCAUUAAACCCUUCAAACAAUUGCAACUUGAUACGCACCGAGCAGCAACACAUACAAACAGCAACAUUACUCAACUCCAUAAAAGGAAAACAGUGCUUAAAAACCCAAACAGUGAGUGCAGUAUAAAUGAGCUGCGAUUUUCCGUUGGGUUCACUGUACUUCUGAUCGUUCUUGACAUUGGUUAUAGGCUGAGGUUUGUUUUACCCUAAUUUUGAGUUUUUUGACAAUCGUGUGAGCAAAAUCUCAUUUAUCUGCCUGGGAAGGUUCAAUUGCACUGAUGAACACUCAUGUUGUAGAAUUUGUUUUCCUUUUUGCUAAAAUGUCCCGUCAAUUUGCACUUGUGUCUGAAGGAAUACCUUGAAGCAGAUCAUUUGUUAUUUUCUUAAAAUUGUAAGACAUGUGCCUUUUAAAGAAGGAAAAAAAAGAUGACUUUCUCACUAACUGUGCCUUUUGGGUGUCGGGAAAAGAAAUGGGAGUGGUUAUGUCACUGGAAUAGCUUUUUGCUACUUGAACCGACGAUUAACGCAUGUUCAUGAUUAACUGCAAAUACAGUAGUUGGCCAGAAGAGGGCGAGUCAGACAAGCGUUCACAACUGCUGCCGGUGCAGCUCAGACUUUUCGAUGAUGCACUUGACGACUGAGCAAGAAGCACUUUAACAGCGCCACGUGGAAGACAUUUGGGAGUUCGACUUUGUGUACACGUGUUUGCCUUGUAAAUAUGUGGUAUUUGUUUUCCAAACAAACCAAAGAUGCUUCAUUUAUUGAAUGUCAGACUUUUUUUAGCUUGCCUUUUGUUUUCAACUCUGUAAAUUUGGUUUCUAAGUUGUAAAGCUGACUGUUUUUGUCCCCCCAAAAAAUGUAUUGCGUCACUCCAAUAAAAUGUCUCAUUAGUAUUA